UCCCAGCUCCGAACGCGAUCGGCAACAAUGUUUACGUUCCGGGGAUUAUGACGUCGCCGCCCUCCUCCUCCUCCCCCCCCCUCCCCAGUGAAAAUGGUUUCCUAGGACUUUGCAAAACGGAUCUCCCCAAAGUGUUGGUGCAAAAAACUUUGUAGACCUCGGCUGGGGCUUUUUUUUUCGGCUUCUUUUUCUUUCAGAUUCUGUUUUUGUUUUGUUCCUUCGGUCAUUCUUCCUUCCCCCUCGGGGCCAAAAUGCAGGGGGCAGGAGUGUUGCCAAUUAAUUGGUGAACUCUCCCAAAAAAAAUGGAGGCAGAGAAAGGCUCUGGACGAAGAUUGCGCUCUAUCAACCGUCAGGGAUAUGACGAGAACGAGGACUCUUCGGACGUGGAAGAGAUCGUGAGUGUCAGGGGUUUCAGCCUGGAGGAGAAACUCCGCAGCCACCACUACCAGGGGAACUUCGUCCGCGUCAUGGACGGGAAAGAUUUCAACUUUGAGUACGUACAAAGAGAAGCCCUCAGAAUGCCUCUGGUCUUCCCAAAUCCCGAUGGACUAGGAAUUAAGAUGCCUGACCCUGAUUUUACUGUUCGAGACGUCAAACUCCUAGUGGGGAGUCGGAGACUGGUGGAUGUGAUGGAUGUCAACAGCCAGAAGGGCACGGAGAUGAGUAUGUCCCAGUUUGUGCGCUACUAUGAGAUGCCCGAGACCCAGCGAGAGAAGUUGUACAACGUCAUCAGCCUUGAAUUCAGCCACACCAAGCUGGAGAACCUGGUCAAGCGGCCCAAUGUGAUCGACUUGGUGGACUGGGUAGACAACAUGUGGCCCCAGCACUUGAAAGAGAAGCAGACGGAGUCUACCAAUCUCAUUGCAGAGAUGAAGUACCCCAAGGUUAAGAAGUACUGUCUGAUGAGCGUCAAAGGCUGUUUCACAGACUUCCAUAUUGAUUUUGGAGGCACUUCUGUCUGGUACCACGUCUUUCGGGGGAAGAAGAUCUUCUGGCUGAUUCCUCCAACCUUGCACAACUUGGAACUCUAUGAAGAGUGGGUACUUUCAGGAAAACAAAGCGACAUCUUCCUGGGAGACCGCGUUGAACAAUGCCAAAGAAUUGAGCUGACACAGGGCUACACUUUUUUUAUCCCCUCCGGCUGGAUCCAUGCUGUCUACACGCCCGUAGACUCCCUGGUGUUCGGCGGAAACAUCCUGCAUAGCUUUAAUGUGCCCAUGCAGCUGCGCAUCCAUGAGAUAGAGGACAGGACCCGGGUGCAAGCCAAAUUCCGGUACCCUUUCUACUAUGAGAUGUGUUGGUAUGUUUUGGAGAGAUACGUACACUGCGUGACCCAGCGUUCCCACCUCACUCCGGAGUACCAGAGAGAAUCAAUGCUCAUUGAUGCCUCGAGAAAACCCAGUAUAGACGGCUUCUCAUCUGAUUCCUGGCUGGAGAUGGAUGAAGAAUCCUGUGAGCUGCAUCCCCAGGAGGAAGAGAAGGAAAAGAAGGAGAAGGAGGAGAAGGAGAAAGAGGAGAAGGAGGAGAAGGAAAAGGAAGGGAAGGAGAAAGAGAAAGAAGAGAAGGAGAAGGAGGAGAGUGUAGACAAGACACCCAAGCCGCCCCCAAAUGCCACCGCCUCUCCUACCAGCACACCCUUGGAGGGCCAGGAGGCCAUUAUGAAAAAGCCCAAAGCAGCUGCCUUGCGGUACCUCAAAAGGACUUUGUCCAAUGAGUCGGAUGAGAGCGUCAAGUCUGCCAUGACCACGGACUAUCCCAAAACCCCAACAGGCUCCCCUGCCACAGAAGUCUCCACCAAGUGGACUCACCUCACAGAGUUUGAGCUGAAGGGUCUGAAAGCCUUGGUUGAGAAACUUGAAUCUCCGGAGAACAAGAAAUGUGUUCCGGAGGGGAUUGAAGAUCCCCAGGCACUUCUGGAGGAUGUGAAGAAUGUCCUGAAGGAGCAUGCUGAUGAUGACCAAAGCCUGGCAAUCACUGGUGUGCCUGUGGUCACGUGGCCCAAGAAGACAGCCAAGAACCGGGCAGUAGGUCGGCCCAAGGGGAAGCUGGGCCCAGCCUCCGCGGUGAAGUUGGCCGCCAAUCGGACGACGGCGGGGGCGCGCCGGCGACGGACGAGAUGCCGCAAGUGCGAGGCCUGCCUGCGCACCGAGUGUGGCGAGUGUCACUUCUGCAAGGACAUGAAGAAGUUUGGGGGGCCCGGGCGGAUGAAGCAGUCCUGCAUCAUGAGGCAGUGCAUUGCGCCGGUGCUGCCCCACACGGCCGUGUGUCUGGUGUGUGGCGAGGCGGGCAAGGAGGACACCGUGGAGGAGGAGGAGGGCAAGUUUAACCUCAUGCUCAUGGAGUGCUCCAUCUGCAACGAAAUCAUCCACCCUGGAUGCCUUAAGGUGAAGGAGUCGGAUGGCGUGGUCAACGACGAGCUCCCCAACUGCUGGGAAUGUCCCAAGUGCAAUCACGCCGGCAAGACUGGGAAACAAAAGCGCGGCCCCGGGUUCAAGUACGCCUCGAACCUACCCGGCUCGCUGCUCAAGGAGCAGAAGAUGAACCGGGACAACAAGGAAGGGCCAGACUCGGUCAAACGAAGAGGAGAGUGCGAAGAGGCCGGUCGGCGGAAGUCCGAAGAGCACACCAAGAAGGUGCCUGCCGACACCAUCCUUCGCCGGAAGUCUGACGAGGUGCACCUGAGGAGGAAGCGGAAAUUCGAGAAGCCCCAGGAGAUGAACACCCGGAAGCGGCUAAAACUUGGCAAGGAGGAGAAGCUUUUCAGGAAAAAGCGGCGGUCCUGGAAGAAUGCGGAGGACCGGGGGGCGCUGGCCCACAAGCCCCCUCGGCGCUUCAAGCAGGAGCCCGAGGAAGACCUGCCCGAGGCGCCCCCCAAGAGCAAGGAGAGCGACCAGUCGCGCUCCAGCUCCCCCACCGCGGGGCCCAGCACCGAGAGCGCCGAGGGCCCCGACAAGAAGAUGAAGGUGCGCCGGAAGCGGCGGCUGCCCAACAAGGAGCUGAGCAAGGAGCUGAGCAAGGAGCUGAACCAGGAGAUCCAGAAGACCGAGAACAGCCUGGCCAACGAGAACCACCAGCCCAUCAAGUCAGAGCCCGAGAGCGAGAACGAGGAGCCCAAGCGCGUGCUGGGGGUGGGGGAGCGGCCCCCCCGCUUCAGCAAGGGGCUCAACGGGGCCCCCCGCGAGCCGCGGCACCCCCUGGUGCCCAGCCUGCGCAGCCCCCCCCGCGGCCCCACGCGGCCCCCACCCUCCCUGUCCCCACCCAAGUGCAUCCAGAUGGAGCGGCACGUCAUCCGCCCGCCGCCCAUCAGCCCCCCGCCGGACUCGCUGCCCCUGGAUGACGGCGCCGCGCACGUCAUGCAGCGGGAAGUGUGGAUGGCCGUGUUCAGCUACCUCAGCCACAGCGACCUCUGCGUCUGCAUGCGGGUCUGCAAGACUUGGAACCGCUGGUGCUGCGAUAAGCGGUUGUGGACCAAAAUCGACCUGAACCAUUGUAAAUCCAUCACCCCGCUGAUGCUCAGCGGCAUCAUCCGCCGCCAGCCCGUGACCCUGGACCUCAGCUGGACCAACAUCUCCAAGAAGCAGCUCAGCUGGCUCAUCAACAGGCUGCCGGGGCUCCGGGACCUGCUGCUGUCCGGCUGCUCCUGGAUCGCCGUCUCCGCCCUGUGCAGCUCCAGCUGCCCUCUGCUGCGCACCCUGGACGUGCAGUGGGUGGAAGGACUCAAGGAUGCCCAGAUGCGGGACCUUCUGUCCCCCCCCACAGACAACCGGCCAGGCCAGAUGGACAACAGGAGCAAACUGCGCAACAUCGUGGACCUGCGCCUGGCCGGCCUGGACAUCACAGACGCCUCCCUGCGGCUCAUCAUCCGCCACAUGCCGCUGCUCUCCAGGCUGCACCUCAGUUACUGCAACCACGUCACCGACCAGUCCAUCAACCUGCUGACCGCCGUGGGGACGACCACCCGCGACUCCCUCACCGAGAUCAACUUGUCAGACUGCAAUAAGGUCACUGACCAGUGCCUGUCCUUCUUCAAACGCUGCGGGAACAUCUGCCACAUCGACCUGAGGUACUGCAAGCAGGUGACCAAGGAGGGCUGCGAACAGUUCAUAGCCGAGAUGUCCGUGAGCGUACAGUUUGGGCAGGUGGAAGAAAAACUCCUCCAGAAACUGAGCUAGUGCAAGGCCAGGUGUGUAAAUAGGGCGGGGAGGGCCGAGCUGCGGGGCUUCUUGUACACUUGGAACUUGGACUUGCAGAGGAGAGCAAAGAUCCCAUUUCACAAGCCCCGUGGAGCGAGCGACCCCACAAAGGACUGAGUUCACCUCCCACGCUGUGGGUGCCCGGCGCUGGGCACGGCAUGCCGCGCUCCCCCGCCUUCCUGCGAUUCCUGAGAACGAUGGCGGCUGGGGGAGGGGUGGGGUGGGGGGAGGGAAGGACAGACUGUCGAGAUAUUAUUUAAAGUACCAGAGCAUGAGCUUGGAAGUGUACAUUUUUUUAUUUCUGCUCCUCUGUUUCCCACGGCGACCCCCUCCCCCUGCCAAGUUUUUAGUAUCUUUUCCAAUGGACCACAAGCUGCAUUUCUGCCGCCUCGACCCAUCCUUUUUUGUUUUGUUUUUGUUACAUGAGACAUGAUGCAGAACUAUUUUUGUACAAAUUGUUUAAAGGUUAUUUAUGCAACAUUUGAAUGCACACCAGUGUUGUUUUUCAUUUUUGAUUUUGGUUUGGGAUUGCCAACAUUUAUGGUCUCCUUAAGUAAGGUAGGAGAGAACGUAACCUAGACUUCAUAGAUAAAAGUAAUCCAUCAACAAUGUGCCCAGGUCUGGCAAAGUAGGCUCACACUUUCAAUUUAAAAGCAUGUUUGAAUGGAAGUUUAUAUCCUGCUUUGUAGCCUUCAGAAGUGACAUAAGCAUGUGGUGGGAAAACGGCGUCGAUUCCAGUCGAAGUACGACGUUGGGCCGAGUUUUCUCUGUAUACGAUUCACCUUUUUCUUCAAGAUUUUCCAGUUCCCGUUCUAGCUUUUGCACACAGGAGAUUUUUGCUCCAGCAUGAGCUCUUGUUACUCUAUAGGCCUAAUUUAUACAGUGAGUCAAGCCGUAGAAUAAAUGGUCAAACAUAGUCUCUUUUCUCCUUUCCUUUCCCAUGUGAGUGGAGUUCUCGGUCCAGGUUUUCUGCCACGAUUCCUUGUUGUACGAUUCUGCAUUCAUAAGUGCCAUUGUUGUAAGGUGGUGUUUUCGUAGCCCUUCCAGAUGAAGUUUUACCUUUGUUGAAUUUCUAUAAAUGAUUGUACAAAAGACAA